AUGGCAUUGUGUAGUGUUUGAGGAAAUAAACAGAAAAUUGCCCCAACUCAUAGUGUCAUCCUCUUGAUGAGAGUUAGAGUCCCUUUACUUACAGAUUAUUGUAUACAUGCAUCCUCCUAGACUUCUUUAUGUGCAAUCCGUAUGGUCAAGAUUUUAUGCAUGGAAGCAAUGAUUUCAAGUCGUAUGGUCUAGUCGUCCUCACCAGUCGACCAGGCGAUUAGUCGCGAUUAGGGCGACGACCUGGACUAGUCGGACCUGGUCACCCCUAAUCGUCCGUCUAGCUGUCUUGUGUAUAUUCAGGGCGUAUAUCUAUACUACUAUAUUAAGGCUGUAAGGGGGUAGCCUGCCAGCUCUGGUUCUGCCUCGUGUAAAUCUCGACCGUCCAUCUAUACCAAACAAAUCCCGCACCGUUCGUAAAUCGCGUAAAUCUGAGGCGGUUGAUGGGCACUGUUCACAUGUCUUUGCCGAAACAGCGAGGCUUCCUCCCAAUUCCAAUACUAGCCCCAACCAACGACCUCCGUCCAUUCCGCUCGCGGUUGCCUCCUCUCCUCCUCUGCCUCCGCCCUAACCCAAUCCAGAGCCAGGGCAGGGCAGGGCAACCAAACCCUAGGCCCUCGUGCUCGUGGUAUCCAUGGGCUGACCGCGUCCCGGUGGGGAGCCCGGAUCCAGAGCUAGGGUUCCGUCCUCGGCGGCAACACCAUGGAGUGGGACAGCGAGUCCGACGGCGCCGGCAGCGUCGGCGUCGACGAGCAGGAAGAGGAGCAGGAGGAGGAGCGGGGAGGCGAGGGAGGAGGUGUUGACGCCGGUGGGAUGUUCACGCUCGCGAUUGAAGGCAUGCUGCGCGCGUCUGGUCCGUGCGGGCUCGUCGUCACCAACGCGCUCGAGCCCGACUGUCCCAUCAUCUACGCUAACCGCGGCUUCGAGGAGGCUACGGGCUACCGCGUCGAGGAGUUUCUUGGCAGGAACUGGUCUGUACCACCUUAUAUUCCAUAUAUGCUUCCAUUUCACAUUCGUCAUGCAGCCAGUUUCAUCUGGUUGCAAGGACUGCUCUGUGCCACUUAGAAUCGUACAAAUAUUACCGUUACUUCUUUUGUUAGCUAUAUGUUGUAAGCAUCCACGGUCAUGAUUUUGUUUCUUACAGUAACGAGCUUAGACUGGUAGGUGCUAAUUUUAGCUGUUAGAGUACACUUCCUUUCUGUGAAAUAGCAAGUGGCAUCCUCUUGCUAUUGUUAGGUGCAAGGGUUGCUACCACAC